CAGUUAAAUCGCAGUCGGAAGUUUACUUUCGUGAGGCUCACUCCUUCUCUCUCUUCUGUCUCUCCUCGAUCUCCUCCGCGCUCUCAAUCUUGGCUCUCCUCCCCCACCAUCUUCACCGUCUCUCUCAGACUCAUUCAGACAAAGAAAGCUGCCAGAAAGAGCGAACCAGAAGAAUCGAAACUCCGAGAGUGCAACAAUGUCAGGAUCAGCCAUGGUGUUGGAUCCGAAACCUUUGACUGAGCCACCAGCUUCAAUCCCCUCCAUAAGAUUGGACCUUCAGGGCUACACCGACCAAAACCAGGCCUCCGAUGAGGACGAUCUCUACAGCCGCCUCAAGUCCUAUCAGCGACAGCUCGAGUUCAUCGACAUCCAGGAGGAGUACGUCAAGGACGAGCAGAAGAAUCUGAAGCGUGAGCUCCUCCGCGCCCAGGAAGAAGUCAAGAGGAUCCAAUCGGUGCCGCUCGUCAUCGGGCAAUUCAUGGAGAUGGUCGACCAGAACAACGGGAUUGUGGGCUCCACCACUGGCUCCAAUUACUAUGUUAGGAUUCUCAGCACCAUUAAUCGGGAGCUCCUCAAGCCUUCUGCUUCCGUUGCCUUGCACCGCCACUCCAAUGCCCUCGUCGACGUUUUGCCUCCGGAGGCCGACUCAAGUAUUUCCCUCCUCAGCCAGUCUGAGAAGCCCGAUGUCACCUACUCUGAUAUUGGAGGAUGUGACAUUCAGAAGCAAGAAAUCCGUGAAGCAGUAGAACUGCCACUUACCCAUCACGAGUUGUACAAACAGAUUGGAAUAGAUCCCCCACGUGGUGUAUUGCUUUAUGGUCCACCUGGAACUGGUAAAACCAUGUUAGCAAAGGCCGUGGCUAAUCAUACAACUGCUGCCUUCAUCAGAGUUGUUGGUUCAGAAUUUGUUCAGAAGUAUUUGGGAGAGGGUCCACGAAUGGUUCGUGAUGUUUUCCGUCUUGCCAAGGAGAAUGCACCUGCCAUCAUCUUUAUUGAUGAGGUGGAUGCUAUUGCUACUGCAAGGUUUGAUGCUCAAACUGGAGCUGACAGAGAAGUUCAGAGAAUCCUUAUGGAGCUCCUUAAUCAGAUGGAUGGGUUUGACCAGACAGUGAAUGUUAAGGUUAUUAUGGCUACUAACCGAGCAGACACCUUGGAUCCUGCACUUGUGCGUCCUGGAAGGCUUGAUCGGAAGAUUGAGUUUCCUUUGCCUGAUAGGAGGCAGAAAAGACUUGUUUUUCAGGUUUGCACCGCUAAAAUGAACUUGAGUGAUGAGGUAGACUUGGAAGAUUAUGUCUCUCGGCCAGACAAAAUCAGUGCUGCUGAGAUUUCAGCUAUAUGUCAAGAAGCAGGAAUGCAUGCAGUUCGGAAGAACCGAUAUGUCAUACUCCCAAAGGACUUUGAGAAGGGUUACCAAACCAACGUGAAGAAGCCCGACACUGACUUUGAAUUCUACAAAUGAUGGGUGCUGGAAGCUCGUAUACUACAGACUGGUCUUUUAUGUUUAAUUUGGUCUUAUUGCGCAAGCUCGCAUCCGAAGGUAUGGUAUCUUUGAACAAUUUAAUAGGUCAAUCGAGGGAUGUUAUUGUAGGUGAUGACGUAUGAUGUGAAACCGUAUGGCCUCAACUCGAAAAGGUUUAUUUCUUUGUAACACAUGAACUAUGUCAACUGGGGCAUGGGUUCAUAGGGAUGUUCCAUCGAGGGCUAAAGGUCUUUAUCAAGAAUCACACACAUGUAUCUAUCUGUUGUCUGUAAGACUGACCACAAGGUGUUUGUCCUUUUGGGGUUCAUGGAUCGUUCAAUACAUCAGUUCAUCAAACAUGA